UGAGCACGAGCUGGACUGCUCAAUGCACACAACAUUCUGCACUCUCUCUCUCUCUCUCAAAAGCAAACACUGCACAUAUUUUUGCCACAUAUUGAAAUGAGUUCCAAUUCGAGCUGGACUGGCAAGCAAAACAAGGCGUUUGAGAAUGCGCUGGCGAUAUACGAGCAGAACAUGCCGGACCGGUGGGAGAAAAUAGCGAGGGCGGUGGGCGGCGGAAAGACGGUGGAGGAAGUGAAGAGGCACUAUGAAAUGCUUGUGGAAGAUGUCAAGCAAAUUGAGUCUGGACAAGUCCCUUUUCCUUGCUACAAAUCAGGUGGAGAUAACAACAAGGGGUAUAAAUUCCAGGAUGAGGAACAGAGGCUGAAGCUCCUGAAGCUCCAAUGAAGCAAGAGCAAAAAGGAUGCUAUCAAAAUGAGUCAAUAAGAAUCCAUUUUGUUUCAGCUCGAAAUAGCAAAUGGAAAUAUGAUUAAUCAUCUACUUAAUUGUGUUUUGUUUUCUCUUUUAAUUAAAUGUUACUACAAACUUUAAUUACUUUAUGCUUCUUCUGUGUACAUUUGCAAAAAAUCAGUAACUAAUUAAUAAUUGUGACUGAAUAAAUCCAUCAUUAGAUACA